UUUUAAACACAACUUACUUUUUAUAUAUUACAGGUCAUGAAGUCAUUAGAGCCUCAUGUAAAUGUAGUACGAUUUUUGGGAUGUUGUACUGACAAGGAUCCAAUAUUUGUGAUAAUCGAAUACGUAAAUCGUGGUAAACUUCAAACAUAUCUGCGCAGUUCAAGAGCUGAGCGUCACUACGGGAAUACACAUGGCAAAUCGAAUAUCCUGACGUCAGGUGACCUGACAUCAUUUAUGUAUCAAGUUGCCAAGGGAAUGGAUUAUCUAACAUCUCGAGGGAUUAUUCACAGAGAUUUAGCAGCUCGAAAUGUAUUGAUUGCAGAUGACCAUACAUGCAAAGUGGCAGACUUUGGAUUUGCACGGGAUGUAAUUACUUCAAAAGUUUAUGAACGUAAAAGUGAAGGAAAAUUGCCCAUCAGAUGGAUGGCAAUUGAAUCGCUUUACGAUAAUAUAUUUUCCGUAAAAUCCGAUAUUUGGAGUUUCGGUAUACUGAUGUGGGAGAUUGUAACACUUGGAUCCACGCCAUAUCCGGGCAUUUCAGCUUCUGAUGUUAUGCGCAAAGUUCGUGACGGUUAUCGAUUGGAGAAGCCGGAACAUUGUAGAAGAGAACUCUAUAAUAUCAUGUACUACUGCUGGUCUCAGGAUCCUAACGAACGACCUUCAUUUGGAGAACUGGUGAAAAUGCUUGAUAAACUUCUACAUACAGAAAUGGAUUAUAUCGAAUUAGAAAGAUUUCCAGAUCAUAAUUAUUACAAUAUUGUUAGUUUAAGCGGUGAAAAAGUCUAAAGUAUUUAUUGAAGUAUAUACAAAAAAUAAUUUGUUGUUUUCUUAAAAAAAGUUAAGUACCUCAGGAUGUUUUUUUAUUAUUCAAAUAUACACUGCCAGUAAAAAUGCUC